AUGUCAGUAUUUUUAUUUAAAGGUAUCAAAAAGAUCUUUCCAGAUAUCAGUGGGACUCACCUUGUGUUUAUCGACGAAAAGAGUGAUGGAUUUGUUUACAAUCCUGUCAACGAUGCUACCUUUGAGAUUCCCAACUUUUCUCCUAAUAUCAAGGGUAUUGUGUGGGAUAACUGGCCUUUAGAUAAGGACGUGUUUUGUGGUUAUGAUGAAGACAAGGUGUAUACUUACAUCUUCUACAGAGAUACAGUUAUUGGUCCUCAGUGCAUAUUGGCUGGCUCCACUAAGUUGCCUUACGCUCAAAAGCCUCUUAUGUUGUACGGUGGUGAAAUUACAUGUCAAACACAGAGUGGCAAGGUAAGGCAUAUGUAGAAUGACAUACAUGUAAGCUUGAACUGACGACACACAUGGCUGAUAAUGAUUAUGUUUCAUGCUGUGG